CUUUCUUGGCUGUGAGAGCCGCGGCGGCUCGAGGAGCAACAUGGACGCUCUCGAGGACUACGUUUGGCCCCGGGCAACUUCGGAGCUCAUGCUCCUCCCGGUCACGGGUCUGGAGUGCGUGGGGGAACGGCUGUUGGCGGGUGAGGGGCCUGACAUCCUGGUGUACAGCUUGGACUUUGGUGGGCAUCUGCGGAUGAUGAAGCGCGUGCAGAACCUUCUUGGCCACUAUCUCGUCCAUGGGUUCCGAGUGCGGCCAGAGCCCAAUGGAGACCUUGACUCAGAGGCCAUGGUGGCUGUGUUUGGGAGCAAGGGACUCCGAAUUGUGAAAAUUAGCUGGGGACAGGGCUGCUUCCGGGAGCUCUGGCGCUCUGGUCUGUGGAACAUGUCUGACUGGAUCUGGGAUGCACGCUGGCUUGAAGGCAAUGUGGCCUUGGCCCUGGGCCACAACUCAGUGGUGCUAUAUGACCCUGUGAUAGGGUGCAUCCUGCAGGAGGUGCCUUGCAUGGACAGGUGCACCCUCUCCUCAGCCUGCCUGAUUGGAGACACCUGGAAAGAGCUAACUAUAGUGGCAGGUGCCGUUUCCAACCAACUCCUGGUCUGGUACCCAGCAGCUGCGUUAACAGACAACAAGCCUGUGGCACCUGACCGACGUGUCAGUGGGCAUGUGGGCAUCAUCUUCAGCAUGUCAUACCUGGAAAGCAAGGGCUUGCUGGCUACAGCUUCAGAAGACCGAAGUGUCCGCAUCUGGAAAGUGGGCGACCUGCGGGUGCCUGGGGGUCGGGUGCAGAAUAUUGGUCACUGCUUUGGGCACAGUGCCCGUGUGUGGCAGGUCAAGCUCCUGGAGAAUUACCUUAUCAGUGCAGGAGAGGAUUGCGUCUGCUUGGUGUGGAGCCAUGAAGGUGAGAUCCUCCAGGCCUUUCGGGGUCACCAGGGCCGUGGGAUCCGGGCCAUAGCUGCCCAUGAGAGGCAGGCCUGGGUGAUCACGGGCGGUGAUGAUUCAGGCAUUCGCCUCUGGCACCUGGUAGGGCGUGGGUACCCAGGCUUGGGGGUCUCGGCUCUCUGCUUCAAGUCCGGUAGCAGGCCUGGUGCUCUUAAGGCUGUGACACUAGCUGGCUCUUGGCGACUGCUGGCAGUGACUGAUACAGGGGCCCUGUAUCUCUAUGACGUCGAGGUCAAGUGCUGGGAGCAGCUGCUAGAAGAUAAGCACUUCCAGUCUUACUGCCUGCUGGAAGCAGCCCCUGGUCCUGAGGGCUUCGGAUUGUGUGCCAUGGCCAAUGGGGAGGGUCGUGUCAAGGUUGUCCCCAUCAAUACUCCAACUGCUGCUGUGGACCAGAUCCUGUUUCCUGGGAAGGUGCACAGCCUGAGCUGGGCCCUGCGUGGCUAUGAGGAACUUCUGUUGCUGGCAUCGGGCCCUAGUGGGGUAGUGACUUGCCUGGAGAUCUCAGCUGCACCCUCUGGCAAGGCCAUCUUUGUCAAGGAACGUUGCCGGUACCUGCUGCCCCCAAGCAAGCAGAGAUGGCACACAUGCAGUGCUUUCCUGCCCCCAGGUGACUUCUUGGUGUGUGGGGACCGCCGGGGCUCCGUGCUGCUGUUCCCCUCCAGACCAGGUCUGCUCAGGGACCCUGGGGUUGGAGGAAAGGCUGGGGCUAUUGCUGGGGCACCUGGAGCAGGUGGUGACUGUGCUGGUGGUGGGAAUGUGUUAGCCGGGUGGGGCCCUGUGUCUACUCUACCUUCUCUGCAUGGGAAGCAGGGUGUGACCUCGGUCACCUGCCAUGGUGGCUACGUGUACACCACAGGGCGCGAUGGUGCCUACUACCAGCUCUUUGUGCGAGGCGGCCAGCUGCAGCCAGUUCUAAGGCAGAAGUCUUGUCGAGGCAUGAACUGGGUGGCUGGGCUCCGCAUGGUGCCUGAUGGGAGCAUGGUCAUCCUGGGUUUCCACGCCAAUGAGUUUGUGGUGUGGAGCCCCCGGUCUCACGAGAAGCUGCACAUCAUCAACUGUGGUGGAGGGCACCGCUCCUGGGCCUUCUCUGAUACUGAGGCAGCUAUGGCCUUUGCCUACCUCAAGGAUGGGGAUGUCAUGCUGUACCAGGCUCUGGGUGGCUGCACCCGGCCACACGUGAUUCUCCGGGAGGGGCUACAUGGUCGUGAGAUUACUUGUGUGAAGCGUGUCGGCACUAUCACCCUAGGGCCUGAGUUUGAGGUACCCAGCAUCAUGCAGCCUGACUACCUGGAGCCUGGCAGUGAGGGACCUGGCCUGAUUGACAUUGUGAUCACAUGCAGUGAGGACACUACUGUCUGUGUCCUGGCACUCCCUACAGCCACAGGCUCGGCCCAUGCACUCACAGCUGUUUGUAACCAUAUCUCCUCUGUACGUGCUGUGGCUGUGUGGGGCGUCAGCACCCCAGGUGGCCCUCAAGAUCCUCGGCCAGGCCUGACUGCCCAUGUGGUGUCUGCGGGGGGGCGGGCUGAGAUGCACUGCUUCAGCAUCAUGAUCACUCCAGACCCCAGUACCCCAAGCCACCUCGCCUGCCAUGUCAUGCACCUUUCGUCCCACCGGCUAGAUGAGUACUGGGACCGGCAGCGCAAUCGGCAUCGGAUGGUCAAGGUGGAUCCAGAGACCAGGUACAUGUCCCUCGCUGUGUGUGAACUUGACCAGCCUGGCCUUGGCCCCCUUGUGGCUGCAGCCUGUAGUGAUGGGGCAGUAAGGCUUUUUCUCUUGCAGGACUCUGGGCGGCUUCUGCAGCUGUUCGCUGAAACCUUCCACCAUAAGCGGUGUGUCCUCAAGGUCCACUCCUUUACACAUGAUGCACCCAACCAGCAACGGAGGCUGCUUCUGUGCAGUGCAGCUACCGAUGGCAGCCUGGCCUUCUGGGAUCUCACCACUGUGCUUGAUCAUGGCUCCACUGCUCUGGAGCCUCCACUGGACCCUGGGCUUCCCUACCGGCUGGGCACCCCCUGCCUGACCCUCCAGGCCCACAGCUGUGGUGUCAACAGCCUGCACAUCUUGCCCACACAUGAGGGCCACCAUCUCGUGGCUAGUGGCAGUGAGGAUGGCUCCCUCCAUGUCUUCAUGCUUGCUGUGGAGAUGCCAGAGCUGGAAGAAGCUGUGGGGGGCCCUGAGCUGGUACCUCAGCUGCGUGUGUUAGAGGAAUACUCUGUCCCUUGUGCACAUGCUGCCCAUGUGACAGGUGUCAAGAUCCUAAGCCCACAGCUCAUGGUGUCAGCCUCCAUUGACCAACGGCUGACCUUCUGGCAUCUGGGGCAUGGUGAGCCCACCUUCAUGAACAGCACUGUGUACCAUGUGCCAGAUGUAGCUGACAUGGACUGCUGGCCUGUGAGCCCUGAGUUUGGCCACCGCUGUGCUAUUGGGGGUCAGGGGCUUGAGGUUUACAACUGGUAUGACUGAGGUGUCCCAUGGGGCUGGCAUGCUGGGCAUGGGGCCUGCUCACAGAGUGUAGCAGGGAUUGACUCUCUCUGCCCAUGCCCAGCAUUCCCUGAGGGGAGGAGGCGGCAGUGGCCGCAGGUUUCUGACUUGAGAGCAGGAGCUGGUGGUGAGUAGAGUGCUGCCUUGAUGGACUAAAGAGUACGCUCCACUUCUCACAACAGGACAGAACUUUGUAACAGAAGCAAUUUAUUUUGGCUCUAGGCGCCUAACAACAUCUAUGGGUUUUUGUUUCUUUUCUAUUUGAUGACUUUGUGAAUAUUCCCAGAUACUGGGGCCUCUGUGGCCUUAGAUGUGGUUUAGUGGAGGGAGGCCCAGCAUAGCCAGGCCAGUGUGGAGCACCUCACGCACGGCCCUCAGAAGUUGCAGGCGGGCGAACAUCUGACCAAAGAGGUGUGGUUGAGGCUCCUGGAGGAAAAGAGGCCUGCUGCUCUCAUCCUCUGCUUCCCUUGCCUUUAUCAUGCACUCCUCUGUACUUCCCACACAUGCCCCUUUUGCUGUUAGCUCACCCCUAGGAUGUGUACACGGUUGUAGUAUGAGCUGAAGUCCAUGCUGAGCUGUACUAGGAACUUGCACACCUAAAGACAGAGACUCAGUCAUUGGCCUGUCUCUGCUCUUGUGUCCCAGCCCAGAAUAAAGAAU